AUGAAUUCGACGGAACCAGAAGAUGAACUCAGUCAAGAUGAGUCUGCUUCUAUUCAUUUAUACACUAUGGAAUGGAAGGUGCAUGACAAUAGUCUUUACGCAAUGCUCAAUCGAACUUUACGCCUGGCUGAUCGUAGAAAACUUCAGCCAUGGUUCAGAUAUUUAAAGUUGUUUCUUACAGCAUUCUUCAGAUUACCGCCGUCAAAAUAUGGAACUGUUUGGCGUGGUAUCCCUGAAGAUCUCAAAAAAGUGCAAGUCACCACACCAAAAAAUAACUCAGUAUAUUCUACCAAGAAGCUUCAAUGCAAAGGACGUGCUUGCAUCAAGUGCGGUCAUUGUCGUGAUUGGUACUGGUGCCAGGAUAAACAUAAAAAAAGUUAUACGAAACGUAAUGAUGCUACUUGCACUCGCCGCCGUUACCUUGCUUAUCCUCGUGUUGUUUAUGAAUCUGAAUUUUAUGCUGAUCGCGGUUCUGAUUAUUGUCAUGAUCAUGCUGGUGAAGCUGAUUCUAAAUUAUGUCAAUGUGAUGACAAUCAAUCCUAA